AUGCCAGUACCGUGCCAACGCAAGACUCCUGCUCCUUCAGGCUCCAAUGCCAACUCCAUCAUACCCUUCACGAUGGCAGGCCCAGUGCCUGGCCCAAGCCAGAGCCAGCCCACGGGUCAAGGCUCGUCUUCUUCGAGCGGCCAUGAUCAAAGCCAGUCGACUGGAGGUGGUGGUGCGCAGGGGCAGCAGGAUUACGGAGAUGUCUUCUCGCAGAUCAAAAAGAAGCAUAAGUCUAGCGGGCCUGGACUGACAAACAACAGCGCUCAGCAGCAAUCAACCCCGCAAAAUGCGCCCUCUACGAACACGCAGCAGUCUUCAGGGCUGUUCGGUAGUAACACCAACGCGGCAAACACAAGUACUACAGGCGGCUCAGGGCUGUUCGGCAGUAAUAACAACACGGCGAACACGAGCAACACAGGCGGCACCGGGCUGUUCGGGAAUAACGCCAACACGGCGAACACGAGCAACACAGGCAGCUCGUCGCUCUUCGGCAACAACACCAACACGGCGAACACGAGCAACACAGGCGGCGCUGGGCUGUUCGGCAAUAAUAACAAUGCGGGAAACACAAGCAAUACUGGGGAUGCCAGCUUUCGUCCUCAGCAGGGCAAUAGCUUGUUCGGCGGCGUGGGAGGGCUAGGAGGCAACCAAGCCACAAAUUCAGCACCAAACAUGUUUGCUCCGUCUGCGAACAGUCAAAGUAUGUUUAGCUUGGGGGGCUCGCGUCCAGCAAACCAAAUGCCACAACCCUCAGCUCCAUCACUGCUCGGAGCUACGCAACACGCACAAAUGAACAACUCUGCGCCGUUCGGCAGACUCAGUAUGGGCCAAAGCAAUGCAGGCACCACCAACACCGUUGGCGCUGUCAAGAUCGAUUACGAUAGCAUGCGGCCUACCACACGAUUCGAAGAUUGCAGUGACCAAGUCAGGCAACAAUUGGAAGACAUUGACAGGGUCAUUCAAGAACAAGAGUCGCUGUGCAAGGCGCUUGAGUCGAGUCUUCCAGGGCACGAUAACAUGAUCAUGUCCCUCGGGCCCGACAUCGACUUCAUCAAGAAUAAGGUCGAAGAUGUCGAGCAGGCUCUGGUGCACGAUGCCGUCAGCGUGGAUGCGCAGCGCCAGAAUGCGGCCAAAGACCGCAAGGAUUUAGAGCGGUGCGAGCGCAUCAUCCACAACCUUCACCUGCCGCAGAUGUAUCACUACUCCAGCAUGAGUGGUAUUGGGGGCAUGUAUGGCAGUCAACAGCGUCCACAACAAGCACCACCCUCCAACGAUCCUGACGACCUUCACAACUACGACACUGAUCUCAUUGGCAAUUACUUUGUACCAUUGGCAAACGAGCUUCAACAGACGAUGAAUGCGUAUGCGGGCAACUUGAGCGAAAUUGAGAACCACUUGCGCGUGAUAGAGGGCUCCGCUAGUGCGCAGGCGCAGCAGCUGGCCCAGCGCAAGGCCGGAAUCAACGGCGACAAUGCGCAGGCGAGGACCGAGAAUACAGUUCAGGAAUUGGCCGACACUCUUCGUGGGUUCGAGAUGAGUAUUCUGGGCACCGCAGGCUUGGUUGGAGAGUGUAGAGAGGGCGUGAACGAGCUGGUUCUGGCUCGUUUCGGCCCAAGUCUGGGCAAUCGGCCUUAUUGA